AUGAGUGCGAAGUUGGCUGCGCGCAGCAGUUGCGGCUCCCCCUUGACCUGCGCCACGCUCGGCGUGUUUCAGUACGUUGGGCGGGUCGAGGGCUCCGAGUCUGGCGCGGGCCGCGCCGGGCUGAGGACUUCGCCAGAGCGCCUGGCGGUGAAGCAGUUCAAGCUCGCGGACAUAGGCGAGGGCAUCGCCGAGGUGCAGCUGACAGAGUGGUUUGUCAAGGAGGGCGACACGAUCAAGGAGAUGGACAACGUGUGCGCGGUCGAGAGCGACAAGGCGUCGGUGGAGCUCACGAGCCCGUACACCGGGAGGGUCGCGAAGCUGCACCACCAGGCCGCGGGCAACAACAUCAAGGUGUGCAUCCGCGUGCGGCCCUUCAUCCCCCAGGAGCUGAGCGGCGAGCGGCGGCAGGGAGACGACGAGCUGCGGUGCUGCGUCGGCGCCUCCACCACGACGUCGCUGGACAUCUGGCGGGGCGCCGACCCCUUAUCCAGGCGAUCCUUUGAGUACGACAGGGUCUACUGGUCGCACAGCAAGGACCACCGCCUGUACGCCACGCAGGAGACCCUGCAGGGGGAGCUCGGGAGCCAGCUGCUGGCGAACGCCAUGGACGGCUUCAACAACUGCAUCUUCGCCUACGGCCAGACGGGCAGCGGCAAGAGCUACAGCGUCCUCGGCGGCAGGGGUCCGGAUCGGGGCGCGGGCUGCUGCCCCGGGUGGUGGAGGGCCUGUUCGAGCACGUGGCCGGCCUCGACGCGAACACCACGUGCAAGACGUACGUGUCCUUCCUCGAGAUUUACAACGAGCAGAUUCGCGACCUGCUCCGUGCAGACUCGGAGGCCGCCAGUCCGCGGCGGAAGCUGGACGUGA